AUGACUGAACUAUCGGCACCCAAAGGCGUUUGUGACCAUAUUGACUAUGUCAACGGGGCUGACCCUUCGAUUAUCCAGGCUUCCUUUGACACCUUGCGGGGUCUAAGCAGGGAUAAUCUAGACGCAUUAGAGAAGCACUUAGUGCGUAAGGUGGAUUGGCGUAUGAUGCCUACAAUCACCGUCAUGUUUCUCAUGAGCUAUCUCGACCGCAUCAACGUCUCCAAUGCACGGCUGGCUGGCCUGCAGGAGGACCUUGGGAUGUCAGACACGGUGUGGAAUACAGGCAUAUCGAUGUUUUAUGUUGGCUACCUCAUCGGCCAGCUUCCUGGGAAUAUGUGGCUAGCAAGGUCUAAUCCUCGGACGGGGCUCUCCGUUAUGAUGUUGUCAUGGAGCAUCUGUACUAUAUGCAUGCCGAUCAUGAAAAGCGGGGUAGGAUUCUGCAUCUGUCGAUUCUUUGUGGGUUUGACCGAAGCCCCAUUCUUUCCCGGAAUCGCUCUCUUGACAUCUUCUUGGUAUAACAAGAAAGAAAGUCCCACGCGAAUGGCCAUCUGGCAUGCAGGCAACACCAUUUCCAAUGUCAUCUCAGGAUUCCUCGCCGCAGGCAUCCUUUACAAUAUGGACGGAAUCCUUCAAUUGCACGCCUGGCAAUGGUUCUUUCUUAUCGAGGGAGCAGUUUCUAUACUGGUUGCUAUUGCUGCCUUCUUUCUGCUCCCCAACUGGCCCCAUAAUACCAAGUGGCUUACCGAGCAAGAACGGGAGAUAGCCCAGUAUCGAAUUCUGCUUUCCAAUGGUGGGUACGAAGAGACUCAGGGGGGCACGUGGGAUGGAGUCAAAGCCGCCAUCAAAGAGCCCUUCACAUGGAUGUUCUGCGGUCUUCAUUUCUCCCUCGUGAAUGCGCAAAGCUUCAAGGACUUUUUCCCAUCGAUUCUUGCAACGUUCGGGUUCUCCGAGCUGACCACAUACCUGGUUCAGGCCCCUCCAUAUAUCAUCGCGUAUAUAUCGGCCCUUGCGAUUGCAUACUCGUCCGGAAAAUACCAAGAAUCGUGCUACCACAUUAUCGUGCCGAUUGUGCUAGGUGCAAUAGGAACAGCGGUGCUUAUAUCGACCCUGAACGUGGGUGCUCGCUAUUUUGGCAUGAUUCUCCUAAUCAGUGGGACUUAUUCGGGCCUCAAUCUUCAGCUGUCGUGGGAGACGACGCUUGUGCCCUCGCCACGAAGCAAAAAGGCCGCCUUGAUUGCCAUUGCCAAUUGUAUCAGCCAAAUCAGUCAUUGGUUCAGCCCCUACUUCUUCCCCACGUCACAGGAGCCGUUCUAUCGCAUGGGAGGUGGUUUAAUCCUGUUCGGGUGCAUAUGCACUGUGGUGUUGUGUUGGGCAAUUAAAUACCGGGCCAAGGUCCUCAAUCGAAGAUUAGAUGCGGCAGAGGGAUGGUCCAGGGAUUGCGUGGUCGAGCGGGGCUGGCGGUAUGUGUAUUAG